AUGCCUCAAAAUUGGCUUGAUGGUGUUUGGACAGGCGCUGGUUAUCAACAAGAAGGAUAUAUUUGGUCGAUAAGACUCACUGCCAACACGGAGAAGAACGAAUUUCGAAUAGAAUAUCCAUCAAUUGGUGGUAGUGGUGGCCAAUGGACAUUAAUAGAAAAAGAUUCCACUGCUGAUCGCUAUACAUUCGAAGAAAGGAUCUUUCCUCCAGAUGGUAUUACAGAAGAUGGUGGUCGAAUUAUUGUUACUAAAGUAACUGACAAUCAUAUGUCUUUCAGUUAUUUUCAUCGGCCAACUUUUACAACAGCGACAGCGUGGUCAACAUUAGAACGAGAACAAAAAUAA